AUGAAGGCAAUCGUCUUUGGACUCGCUGCCUUGGGUGCGCAACUUGGAAAGGCUGUUCCUCAUGGCAACAAUCAACACCAUCGACUUCACUUGCGCCAUGAGUUGACCGACUACGCUACAGUCACGGACAUUGUCACCAUCACCGCCCCUAAUGCUGUCGUUUGGGUCGACCAAUACAACAACAUCAUCUCCACCGAGUAUCGCGGUGUCGCAACUCCAACAACUACGGCCUCAAACAGUGUGGUCCCUGUUGCGUCCAUCCUUACUUCUACUACUCCCAAUGUCCCCGCCAGCAGCACGUUGUCCCCUUCGGAGACCUAUGCUCCAACUUCUGCCCCUUCCAUCUUGUCUUCAUCCAACUAUGUCUCCUCGAAUUGGGCAUCCUCCAGCCUGAUCUCGUCAACUUCUCCAGCAGCUUCAAAUCCCAUCUCAGACUCUACUACUGCUAUACCCUCAUCUGAUACGAGUGGUGGAGGCACCGGCGGCGACAAGAUCUCUCAGCAUAUUGAUACCGCCUCUGCUCAGUUCAGCGGAUUUGGAAUCUGCUACGAGCUCAUUGGUGAUUCCGGAUGCAAGGACCAAGGAAGCCUCGAUUCCGAUUUUGCUGCUCUAGCGAGCCAGGGAUACACCAAAGUCCGCACUUAUGACAUUGGCUGCAACCUCGGGACUGCAGCUGCAGCUGCCGCAGCUCAAGGACUCCAGCUUAUUAUCGGUCUUAACAGUAUUGGCAACGUCGCCAACGACAUCACCACGCUGGUCAGCAUGAUAAGUGGUAACUGGAGCCCCAUCGACACCGUGGUCAUUGGCAAUGAGGUUGUCAACAAUGGUGGUGAUGCAGGUUCGGUGGUUGCCGCAAUUGCUGUCGCCCGCCCUAUACUCUCAGCUGCCGGCUUCUCCAAGAAUGUCGUGACAGUAGACACAUUCAACGCGCAUGAACUUCACCCUGAACUGUGUCAAGCUUCAGACUAUUGUGCGGCCAACGCCCAUGCCUUCUUCGAUCCCAACACCAGCGCCGAUGGGGCAGGAAAGUUUGUCACGAAUGCUGCCGCCGCAGUUGCCAAAAUUGCCAAUGGAAAGCCAGUCAUCAUCACCGAGUCUGGCUGGCCAUGGCAAGGCUCGCCAAAUGGUCUGGCUGUUCCGUCGCCUGCAAAUCAACAAACCGCCAUCAAUAGUCUCAACACUGCCUUCAAUGGCAAUCCUGGUGGCUUGUUUCUGUUCCAGGCAUACGACGCGACUUAUAAAGCGCCAGGUCCUCUUGGAGUUGAGCAGUUCUUUGGCAUCUACGGUCAUUAA